AUGGAAGGAAGAAAUCAAACCCGUGUGACAGAAUUUAUCCUCUUGGGACUCUCACAUGAGGGGGAUCUUCAGUCACUGCUCUUUUGGGUGUUCCUGUCCAUGUACCUGGUCACCUUCACUGGGAACCUGCUCAUGAUCCUGGCCAUUAUCACAGACUCCCGCCUCCACACGCCCAUGUACUUCUUCCUCUCCAACUUGUGCUUUUCAGACAUCUGUUUCACCUCCACCACCGUCCCAAAGAUGCUGCUGAACAUCCAGACGCAGAGCAAAGUGAUCUCCUACAAAAGUUGUCUCAGUCAGAUGUACUUUUUCAUGCUUUUUGGAGUAUUAGACACCUUCCUCUUGACCGUGAUGGCCUAUGACCGGUUCGUGGCCAUCUGUCACCCACUGCACUACAUGGUCAUCAUGAACCCCAAGUUCUGUGGCAUCCUGCUCCUGGGAUCCUGGGUAUUGAGUAUUUUUAACUCUCUAUUACAUGACUUACUAAUUUUGCGACUCUCUUUUUGCACAGAUCUGGAAAUCCUUCACUUUUUCUGUGAACUUAAUCAGAUGAUCCAACUUGCUUGCUCUGAUACCUUCCUCAAUGACCUGGCAGUGUAUCUGGCAGGUGGACUUCUGGGUGUUGUUCCACUCACUGGUAUCCUCUCCUCUUACUCUAGAAUUGUCACUUCCAUUUUG